AUGCGGGUCAAAAUGCUCCACGCGGUGGUUACCACUGGCUUCGCGACUCCCGCUAACAUCCAUCCGCGCAUCGCCCUUCGCCAACUGCCCCAAUUCACCCGCCCCCUCUCUUCCUCCACGCCCGCGGUUCUCGAGACGGCGCACGCGCUAGCUCCCCGCGCCCCUUCCGCGACUAGCGAGCGCAACGACGGCCAACCACGCGCAGCGCGCUCAGCGAACAGCACCGCUAGUUACGGCGGCGGAGGCGAUGGCGGCGGCCGCGGAGGAGGGGGAGGAGGGGGAGGAGGAAGGGGAGAUAGCGGCAAGCAAAAUUGGAAUCGCGCGCGAGGUGGUGGAGGAGGGGGGUCGCCGCCGUCCGAUCUGUUCGGCCACCAGAUUGGCCGCGAAGGGCGGCGAUUCGGUCAGCCAAUAGUGGAGCGCAAGGGGCGCACGAUCGAUGAGCGGAAAGGCGGGAAUUCCUCCGCGCGCCCUCCCCCGUUCCCCAGGCGCAAGGGGCCUGGCGAAAGGGGCCCUGCGGACGGCGCAAGUCGCGGGAGAAAAGAAGCGGAAUCUCUCCGCCAGGAGCGGUUAGGGGGAAGGGGUUAUAGCGACGGUAGCGACUCGGAGGGGGAGGACGAUGAUGACGUGUACGAUGACAUGGAUGACGUGGCAGACAUGGAGGCGGAUCUGCUCCCGGGAAUCCCGCGCAACCCGCUGCCGAGGAGCGCGCGGGAGAGGGACUUCGGCGGAAGCGCUGGCGCGGGCGCAGCCGCUGGGGCGGGGAUAGGGGGAACGCCGGGGGUGGCGGAAGGGGAGGAGGCGGCGGAAGGGGAUCCCGGGGCGGGGAUGAGCUGGAUCAUGAAUGACGUGGACAUGGAUGAUCUGUCAAUGUUCGCGCCAGUUUCUCUGAAAGCCUCCGUGUUGGACCCUGCCGUGCUGAAUCUAUCUCCAACAGGAUUCGAACCCUCGCCUCCAGUGAGCAGCAGUGGCAGCAGCAGCAGCAGCAGCAGCAGCAGCAGCAACGGCAGGGUUGGUGGGGGCGGGUGGACAGGUGAAACGAGUGGUGUGGGUGAGGGCGCCAAGUGGCAGUCGCAACAAGGGGCAGGAAUGCUCAAGACGGCACGAGUUGAGACUCCUGCAGCAGCACUAGAGAAGGAGGGAGAGGGGGAGGAGGAGGAAAGAGAGGGUUUGGUGCCGGAGCAGUGGCGGUGGGUGCAGGAGGAGGCGAGUAAGACGAAGAAGGUGAGAAAGAUGGAACGGUUGGAUGAGGAGAGGAGGCACGCCCAGGCUAAGGUUGCUGCCCGCCGCGCCAACGCUGCCGCUGCUGCUGCCGGCGGUGCCGCUGGUGGUGCCGCUGGUGGUGCUGCUGUUGCUGCUGCUGCUGGUGCUGCUGGUACGGCUGGUGCGGUUGGAAGGUUGGGGGAAGCGGGCGCACUUGGUAUUGGCGUGAGAAGGGGCGCUGUGGGAUCAGGCGCGAGGGCAGGGAAGGAGGGGCGGAGGGUGGGGGAGGGGGGUGAAGAGGAGGAGGAAGAGGAGGAGGAGGACUGGGACUGGUUGGAAGAUGCAUUGGAAGAGACGGUUCCAGAUGACCUGGGCAAGCGAGCAGCAGCAGCAGCAGCAUCUGCAGCAGCAGUAGCAACAUUACCAUCAACAACCCCAGCAGCAGAGGAGGGAGCAACAGCAGCGGUGGAGGUAGCAGAGGGGCUGAAGCAGCGGGCCCCAGCAACCAAUGUGGUCAUGACCUCCUCUCCCAAGUGGGUGGCGCUACACACCAUGGCAGCCACGGGGCAGACGCCCUUUGUCUCCCACCUGCUUGCCAGCGGUGCUGCUGUUGACGCCCUUGAUGCUGACGGCACGACAGCACUGCAGCACGCCGUGGCAGGGGGGCGGCUGGCCAUGGCGAAGCUACUGCUGCGACACGGAGCGAGCCUUGAAAUCCGCGACCAGCACGGAGCCACGCUGCUGCACCAUGCAGUGAGGACGGGCAACGUGGAGAUGGCACGUCUGCUGCUGCAGAAGGGAGCAGACGUCAACGCUGCCGACCAGUGGGGAUGGACGCCCAUGCACGUGGCCGCACAAAGCGGGCGGAUAGAGAUGGUGCGAGCACUGCUGGUGCUGGGGGGAAAGACGCGCGUGCAAGCACAGGACGGGCGCACCCCUCUGGACAUAGCGCAGGCAUACGGGCCGGCUCACGGGCUAUACAGCGUGGUUGAGAUGCUCCGACGCCCACCCAAGGGUGGAUCAAUCCCACUCAAACUGUGCCAUUUCGCCUCUGUUAUUUCCCUCGACGUUCUCUCCCUUAUCUGUGCCUUCUCCAUACAUAAUGCCUCCUCCCCUGGCUCCAUCACUCCCUCCUCCUCCCCUCUCCUCCCCUCUACUCCCCUCUCCUCCCCUCUACUCCCCUCUCUUCCCCGCCUCACUCCUUCCCUCCUUUCCUCCUCUCUUAUUCGUUCUCACCCUCUCUCCCCGCCACCCCCUCUCUCCCCGUCACCUGUUCUCUUCCAUGUGUCCUCUCAGCUGCCUCCCCGGUCCAGCAAGAAGCACUAG